AUGGAGCGCUCGAGCAAGAUGGAGUUCUUCCAGAAGCUGGGCUACAGCCGGGAGGACGUGGUCAGGGUGCUGGGCAAGCUGGGUGCGGACGCCCUGGUCAAUGACGUGCUGCAGGAGCUGAUCCAGACGGGCAGCCGGCCCAGCGCUCACGAGGGCAGUGCCGCACCCCUGCUCGUGCCCAGGGGCUCCUGCGGGACGCCGGACUCUGCCCAGUGCGGGCUGGGAGCGGACCCCGGAGAGGACAGCGGAGGCCCCGCCAGCUCCUUGAGACCUAUAGUGAUCGACGGCAGCAACGUGGCCAUGAGCCAUGGGAAUAAAGAAGUCUUCUCUUGCCGGGGAAUCCAGCUGGCCGUGGACUGGUUUAGGGACAGAGGACACAGCUGCAUCAAGGUUUUUGUCCCCUCCUGGAGGAAAGAGCCACCGAGGCCUGACUCCCCGAUUAGAGAGCAGCACGUGCUGGAGGAGCUGGAGAGGCAAGCGGUGCUGGUGUACACGCCGUCCCGCAAGGUGAGCGGCAGGCGCGUGGUGUGCUAUGACGACCGCUACAUCGUGAAGCUGGCCUACGAGCAGGACGGCGUCAUCGUCUCCAACGACAACUACCGCGACCUGCAGAGUGAGAACCCCGAGUGGAAGUGGUUCAUCGAGCAGAGGCUGCUUAUGUUCUCCUUCGUCAACGAUCGGUUCAUGCCUCCUGAUGACCCCCUGGGCCGUCGGGGACCCACCUUGAACAACUUUCUGAGCAGGAAGCCAAAGCCCCCAGAGCCGUCCUGGCAGCACUGCCCCUACGGCAAGAAAUGCACCUACGGCAUCAAGUGCAAGUUCUACCACCCGGAGAGGCCACACCAGGCGCAGCUGGCGGUGGCCGACGAGCUCCGCGCUCAAACGCGGGCCUGGCGGGGCGCGGGCGGCGAGGAGGAGCGGCGGGGGAGCGCGCAUGCAGCCAGCCUGGCGGAGCAGGACGGCUCCCGGGACGCCCUUGCCGCCCGGCCCGGCCCCCGGGAGCCUGGCACGCGCAGCCUGCCCCCCGCGCGGCAGUCGGCGGGCGUGGCGACUCUCGAAAGCAGCUUCUCGCGGCUCUUCCUGAGCGACGACCCGGGGCUUCUCCGGGUGCCCCCUCGGGGUCCCGGCUGUGGCCUCACGCCCAGGCCGCGCGGUCCCGAUUGGGUGGCACCCGGGUCCUUGUCGCCCCUGCCAGCCCCACCCGGCCUCCUGAGCCAGCCCGGCCUGCGGGGUGGGUAUGGCGCCUGUGCCCCGCAGAGCGACCGGCGCUCCCCGCGCCAGCAGCCUGGCGACCCGUGGGUCCUUCCUCCAGGCGCUGGCCAGCUCCCGGGCCGCUCGGCCUGGGCCGAGUCGGACUGGGACGACGGUACCUUCGGGGGGCCCUUGAGGCCCGCGUCCCAGGCUGUAGCUGGCGAGGUGGACGCGCGUGCCCGGGCGCGCACCGCGCUCUACAGUAUCUUCCCGCCCCACGAGGUGGACAGCAUCAUGGCCCUGUUCCCCGAGCUCUCCGACGUGGCCAGGCUCAUGCUCCUCAUCCAGAGAUUCCAAAGGUCCAGUGCACCCGUGGGGAAGCGCUGAGGAGCUAGUGGAAGCCACCGCGUGUGAUGACCCAGUCUUGCCUUGUACCCUAACUGGGCUGGUGGCGAAGAUCAGCCGGCACGUGGGCUGGCCCACCCUGUGGAGCCAGCCCCUUUCGCUUUAAAGAUGGUCAGUUCCCUGGAGGAGGCCAGCUUCAUCACCCUUUGAGGUGCCCAUGGCGGUGCUUGAUGACCUUCACUGAUGACACAGGGGCCGCUGCUGAAAGUCCAUGUCCUGCAGAAUAAGGUUGACCUUAUGUGGCAGGAGUGAUUUCUCCUGCCUGAAGACUAGGAGGCCCACUAGGCCCCCAAGGUUUUGUCCAGAGCACUCCCUGGCUGUUUUUGUCCCGCUACAACUGGGAGUCCUAAGUUGGUCACAAGAUCAAUUUAGUGAGUGACACCUGAAAUAGAGUGAAAUAGGAAAUGGCAGAGCAUACCCCACUUAAACAGGCUGAGUAGGAAAUUCUUCUGUUAGCUACCAGUAUGCUUGGUAGCUAUAUAUAUUCUUGGCUUCCAUGGACAGAGGAGUCCGGCUGGCCCAUAGGGUCAUAUAGAGUGGGACAAGUCUAUAUGAAGCUACUUAGCGAGUGCACGCGCGUGCGCGCGCGCGCGUACACACACACACACACACACACACACACACACAGAGCCAUGCGAACUUAAUGUGGGACAUGGGCAAAAGGGGGGAAACUGGUAAAAGGCCUUGGAUUUCAUUGCAGCAGAUCAAGUGUGAAAUCUGUCGUCAGUUGGCCAGUGGAGAUGUUGGCACCUGGAGGUUUUCAUAUGAGCUGUUUCUAACCUCUGAGGGGAACCCAGAGUUCUAGCUUCCAUGUAUGGGCCCUACUUGUCACUCUGAGAUUGUGUGGCUGUGCUGGUUUGUGGAGGUGUGGCGGGUCACCUGGUACUGGGCCCUGACGCCCACACACACCCCACUUGACUGAGGGCUAAGUGUCCUCGUUUUUCGGCCAGCUGUCCAUCAUGGUGGUGUCCAGCCCAGGCCCUCUACUGUACUGGCCAGGCCUUCUGAGCCACACCUCCGAGCUGAGCCCAAUCCCGGUGAGUUAGGACUUUUGCUCAGAAACCUCCAGGGGGAUCCUAGGAGAGCUCGGAUGAGCCUCUCAGUCCAUGAGGUUUCUCGCCACCUCAGCCAUUGCUGUUUCUCCUAGCUAGCUGCUGCUUUGAGUUUGGGGAGGGGAAGGGAGGGCUUACAUAUUUGCAAUAGACAGAGAUGAGGCAGUGCUGCCAGGAUGCAGGCCCUGUGUCCUCUGGAGCCCUGGCAGCUCUGGGUGGCAUCUACCCAUUCACUCCGGGGUACCAGUCCAACUCACAGAUCUUGGCUGCUUUGUUCUUGAGAAGACCUGAGGCACCUCCCAGUGGAAAUCCACCUCUCAGACCCCGGCAAGCCUGCAGACUGGCAAGCACUACCAGGGUUUCCCCUGGAGAAUCUGCUUCUGUGCCCUUCAGUAUGGUCAAUGCUACCUUUAGAGAUACAGAGAUGAUGUAUUUCCUGCAAACCCUUUCAUCUUUUUAAACCAGAUUCUUAGUGUGGUUUCAGUCAGAUCUCUUCCUCGCCUCUUUUUUUCCAAAGAGGAAACACACAAAAUUGUACCUUAGUAUUUUGAGACCAUGGUCCUGAAAAAGACCCAGUCUUUCUAGACAAAUUGGAUUUCCCUCACGGUGGUUUUUAUUUUCUUUUCGACAAGACAAGCUUUCUGGUAGAGCUGCUUUUGUCUCUUGGGUCUGUGUCCUGACUUGGAAUUGUUGUGUUGCUGAUAUACAGUGAGGAAUGUUUAAACUGCUUCCUUUGAGGACAAGUUUGAGUUUUAGUAAGCUGUAAAGCUAUUUUAUUUGGUUCACUGUGAUUAAGACAAGCACAAAAAAACGUGAAGAAACAGCACAUUUCAAUGUAAUCCCCUUUGGAAUUUUUUUCCAAAGUCUUGGUAUGUCUUUGUGACACAAAACAUGAAUGGGAUGGGAGUGAAUAGAAUGUUCCUAGUUGCAUAGCUGCUAUUGUGUUCCAAGAAUAAAUCGUU